AUGAAGAACCGGCUCCAAGAGGGCCGAGGCGGAAGUGCAGGAGGCGACGGAAGUGACGGAGAGAGCAGCUGGACAGCUGCCGUUUCCUGGUCCGCCGAGUUCCAGCGCUUGUACGACACCAUCCCUUGUGUCGAAGUCGAGACCCUGAAGGAGCACACCGAUCAAGUCCUCCACCUCAGCUUCUCCCACAGCGGCUACCUGUUUGCUUCUUGUUCCAAAGACUCUACCGUCAAGAUCUGGAACAACGACGUCCGGGUCUCUCUGCUGCACAGCGCCAGCAUGAAGAAGUACAACUGGAGCUACACCCAGUUCUCCCAGUUCAACGCGGACGAUUCCCUCCUCCUCGUUUCCGGGGUGUUCAUGGGGCCCAGCACCUCCCUGUCCGGCGAGAUCGCAGUCUUCAGCUUGGAGGACUUCACGCUCCUCUCUCGGGUGCGUAACAAGCCCUACGACGUGUUCGGCUGCUGGCUGAACGAGACCAACCUGAUCUCCGGCAACUUGCACCGCAUCGGGUACCUCACCUCGUGCUCCGUGUUGUGGCUGAACAACGCCUUCCAGGGGAUCGAGUCCGAGACCACGAAUGUCGUGAAGCGGCUGUUCAAAAUCCAGAACCUCAACGGCAGCACCAUCCGGACGGUGAUGGUGGCCGACUGCAGCCACCACGGCUCCCCUGAUCUCCUGCCCAGCCACGAAGAGAGUGCGGAAGGUGGCGCCAGUGGCCUCCCCAAAGUCAUCAGCCUCAGCAGCGACAGUGAGGAAGAAGAGGAAGAGGAGGAAGAGACCCGUGCAAAGCAACAGCCCAGCCAGAAAGCAAGCUCAGAAACCAGUGCAAAGGACACUCCGGGACCCGGGAGCAAAGCCGUGGCUGAAAACAGGCUGGGCAGCUUCCUGACAAGAAUCAUGAAAGGCCACGUCCGGCCGGCGAUGACCGAGCUGGAGAUGGAAACGAAGGUGGCCCGGCUCCUGGCACAAAACAGAACGAAGCCGCCGGAGCCCAACCUGCUCUCCGCAGAGGGCGGCCAGAAGAAAUACUUGAUCUUCACCACCGGGUGCCUCACCUACACACCGCACCAGAUCGGGAUCAAGCAGAUCCUGCCUCACCAAAUGACCACCGCCGGCCCAGUCCUCGGAGAGGAGAGACAGUCGGAGAAGUUCUUCGACUCCCUGGACCACAUUAUCGAUAUUCACGGACACAUUAUCGGCAUGGGCCUCUCCCCGGAUCACAGGUACUUAUAUGUCAACAGCCGGGCCUGGCCCCAGGACUGUGUCAUUUCCGACCCCCUGCAGCCGCCCCCCAUUGCAGAAGAGAUUGACCUCCACGUGCUCGACCUCAAGACCAUGAAGGAAGCCAAACGGGCCCUGAGGGCGCACCGGGCCUACACCCCCAGCGACGAGUUCUUCUUCAUCUUCUUGGACGUCAGCAGGGAUUUUGUGGCCAGCGGAGCGGAGGAUCACCACGGCUACAUCUGGGACCGGCACUACGACAUCUGCUUGGCCAAGCUCCGGCACGACGACGUGGUCAACUCGGUGGCCUUCAGCCCCACGGAGCAGGAACUCUUGCUGACGGCCAGCGACGACGGCACCGUCAAAGUGUGGCGGUCGCCCCGCGUCGUGCGGAUCUUCCAGGCCCAGAAGCCUCACCUUCACAAGCCCCGUUUCUCCUUGGCCACCAAGAGGCUCUGAGCCGGGACAGGUUUGGCAAGGGCCAGCCAGGAUUGCAUCCAAGGACGCUGCUGCGUGGAUGCUGGCUUGUUUUGCAUGGAUGUGAAGGGGACACGUCUUUCCUCCAGGGGGCAGCAGGCACCUUCCACUCAGCUGGAACGGUUGGUUAUGCAGGGCCGGUAGAGGUGCCAACUUCCUCUCCGAUAAGGCUCCUGUGCCUUCAAACAGCUGUAGAAAGGUGAGAAACAGCUGGUCUCUUUGGAAGGGCCGCUUGGGGGCCCCACAGGAGAUAUACACUCUCGGUCUGCACUCAGCUUCGCAGUGUGGCAACUCAGCAUCACUCAACACUUUAAGAAGCUUCGCCUAAGGUUGCUUCCUCGUGGCGCAGACGGGUAUUUUGAAAUGCCGAGGGGGACCCGCUCCCUUAAGGGUGCAGCACCAAACCUGGAAGUCUUUGCGCCCUGCGGUGCCGCCACGACAGAGAGCAAUGCAGAGGAGCAAGCCCCACACACCGUGGCAGCUCCUUCACCCGGCGUGGCCUCAAUAAAGCUUCCUUAAGCACGUC